GCUCCAGGUCUCGGUGAUGGAGUCCAGGCUGACAGACGUCUCCAGCAGCAGCACAGGUCCGAUCUCUGUCCUUCAACACUUUGAGUGUUUCUUCAUGAACCUGAUGUUUGUGCUCUUCUCCUCAGACGUGAUGAACAGACUGAGAGUCUCUGAGAAGCAGCUGGAGGAUCUGAGGUCACAACAAGCAGGGUUGGAGGUCCGACUGAGGGACGGAGACAAGCAGCUGCAGGAUCUGAGGACAGGAAACACAGUUCAGAGCGUUCAUCUUUCGUCACUCGAGUCCAGACUGACGGGUCACGACCACAACGCCACAGACGUGAUGAACAGACUGAGCCUCAGUGAGAAGCAGCUGCAGGAGAUGAAGACACUAAACACUGAGCUGGAGGUCCGACUGAGAGAUGGAGAGAAGCAGCUGCAGCAGCUGAAGACACAAACCACAGCUGAGUCGCUCCAGGUCUCGGUGAUGGAGUCCAGGCUGACAGACGUCUCCAGCAGCAGCACAGACGUGAUGAACAGACUGAGAGUCUCUGAGAAGCAGCUGGAGGAUCUGAGGUCACAACAAGCAGGGUUGGAGGUCCGACUGAGGGACGGAGACAAGCAGCUGCAGGAUCUGAGGACAGGAAACACAGUUCAGAGCGUUCAUCUUUCGUCACUCGAGUCCAGACUGACGGGUCACGACCACAACGCCACAGACGUGAUGAACAGACUGAGCCUCAGUGAGAAGCAGCUGCAGGAGAUGAAGACACUAAACACUGAGCUGGAGGUCCGACUGAGAGAUGGAGAGAAGCAGCUGCAGCAGCUGAAGACACAAACCACAGCUGAGUCGCUCCAGGUCUCGGUGAUGGAGUCCAGGCUGACAGACGUCUCCAGCAGCAGCACAGACGUGAUGAACAGACUGAGAGUCUCUGAGAAGCAGCUGGAGGAUCUGAGGUCACAACAAGCAGGGUUGGAGGUCCGACUGAGGGACGGAGACAAGCAGCUGCAGGAUCUGAGGACAGGAAACACAGUUCAGAGCGUUCAUCUUUCGUCACUCGAGUCCAGACUGACGGGUCACGACCACAACGCCACAGACGUGAUGAACAGACUGAGCCUCAGUGAGAAGCAGCUGCAGGAGAUGAAGACACUAAACACUGAGCUGGAGGUCCGACUGAGAGAUGGAGAGAAGCAGCUGCAGCAGCUGAAGACACAAACCACAGGUGAGCUGAAGGUGGCCUUCUCCGCUGGUCUCACUGACUCAGGACCAGUUGGACCAUUUGAUGAAGAGAUGACGCUGAUCUUCUCCAAAACAAUCAGCAACAUCGGCCGAGGCUAUAACCAGAGCACAGGUGUGUUCACGGCUCCGGUCAGAGGUGUGUACUUCUUCAGCUUCACGACUGCAGAUUACCUGAAGGGCUACAUGGGUCUCUACCUGUACAGGAACAACCAGCCAAUCCUCUUCCACCUGGACCUGAACGACCACGGAGGCUACACCUCCACCUCCAGCGGGGUGGUGCUGCAGCUGGAGGAGGCCGACCGGGUCCGCCUCCGUCUGCCGGCGAGCUACCGCCUGUACGACGACUCCCGCAACUUCAGUGUCUUCUCUGGCUUCCUGUUGUUCUCCCUCUGA